UUCAAUUCACCCCUACACUCUCUCCUUAUAUAUCUCUCUUGCCUACCCCUGCCUUGCCUCUCUCACUUUUUGCUGCUGCUAUCUUCUCUUCUCUACGAUUUUUCUGUUUGGUUUCUCGCGAUCAGAAAUCCAGCACCAACCCACUAAAGGGCUGUCACCAUAUUUUCUGAAAACUGAUUUGCAAACAUUUGCUUGUACCCUACGCAUGCUUUGCACAUUAAGCAGUAUUAGAAGUUUCUGAUACUGUGGUUUUCUUUAUCUCUACCUCAAGUUACAACAUCUCGUAGGUUUGGGAGUUUUAAUCUGUACAAUUUAAAAUGUCUUCUCCAAGCAAGAGGAGAGAGAUGGAUGUCAUGAAGUUGAUGAUGAGUGAUUACAAUGUGGAGACUAUAAAUGAUGGACUGAAUGAUUUUAAUGUGGAGUUUCAUGGUCCUAAAGAAAGCCUUUAUGAAGGUGGUGUCUGGAAAAUCCAUGUUGAGCUUCCUGAUGCAUAUCCUUACAAGUCGCCUUCUAUUGGGUUUGUGAACAAGAUAUUCCACCCAAAUGUUGAUGAACUUUCUGGUUCUGUAUGCUUGGAUGUAAUCAACCAGUCAUGGAGUCCAAUGUUUGAUCUUUUAAAUGUUUUUGAAGUUUUCUUGCCACAGCUCUUGAUUUAUCCAAAUCCUUCAGACCCCCUCAAUGGUGAUGCAGCUUCAUUGAUGAUGAAGGAUAAAGAACAAUAUGAUCAGAAAGUGAAAGAGUAUUGUGAAAGAUAUGCAAAAAAGGAGCAUAUUAUGAACUCCACGGGCGAAGAGCUGAGUGACGAGGAGGAUGUCAGUGAUGAAGAAAGUGGAUCCAGUGAUGAGGAAGAUGAGAUUGCUGGGCAUGUAGACCCUUAAUGUUUUGCAGCAGGGGUUUAAUCAUCUUUAAAUUAAACCCCCUUGUAAGAUUGGCAAUGGACCUUUAUUACAUGUUGAUCUUCACUGUCGUUCCAGUCUACAUCUACCUUCAGUUUGCUUGAUUAAUCAUUAAUCAUGUAGCUCAUCUUUCCCAGAGUAAGAAAAUAGUUGGCAUGAAUUAUUUGAUUUGAAAACAUGGACUCAUAUGGGAAAUCGAAAGAGAAGUGAUUACUUUCAGUA